AUGCUCAGAAUCAUACUGAAGAGGAACACAGACAACUCUGGUGCCCAUCAUUAUCCUCCUGGUCCGCCCGCAAUACCCGUCCUUGGUAAUAUCAUGACUAUUCCGAACACGGGACCAUGGAAAUUAUUCUCAAAGCUUCAUCGUGACUACGGAGAACCUAUCUUCUUUUGGGGCUUAGGGAACAGCAUCCUUGUUCUCAGCACAAUGACUUCCAUAACAGAUCUCCUCGACAAGCGAGGGGAGAACUAUUCUCAUCGGCCGGUAUUGACUGUUUUAGGAGAACUGAUGGGAUUGGAUCGUAGCAUGCCGAUGUUACCGUACGGGCGUGAGUGGCGAGAGCAGAGAAAGCUCGCCCACGUUGCCUUGAACCCAUCUGCCGUGAGAAAGUAUCACAUCGUGCAGGAGAACCUAGCUUCUGUAUUGGCGCUUGGUAUUCUCACAAACCCCGAAGGAUUCUUUGAUAAUGUACGACUUUACGCGGAGCGCAUAAUAUUCUCUGUGGUAUACGGUGUGUACAUCGAUGGUUCCAAUAAUGAGUAUGUCACUCAGGCAGAAGAAACCAUGAAAAUUGUGGGAGACGCAAUGGUACCAGGAGCGUUCAUCUGUGACUUGUUGCCUUGGAUGAAGCAUCUUCCUUCGUGGUUGCCAUUUCGAAAGCAAGCACAUUAUGGGAGAAGUAUGAUUGAAGCCCUUGUGACCAAACCCUUCGAACACGUUCAACGAGAGAUGAUGACGAAUAUCGCUGCACCAUCUCUCACUCGAGAACUAUUGACUUUGCAACGUAACGAUUUCGCGUCUUUUGAGAGCUCCGUUAAGUGGGCGACUGGAUCUUUAUAUGGUGGUAGGCAUAACAUUUGGACUUACGCCACCAUCCUUACUUUCAUGAUGGCAAUGGCAAUGAAUCCCGAAACUCAACGUAAAGCCCAAAAGGAGGUCGAUGAGGUUAUAGGGAUACAUAGACUUCCCGUCGUCUCGGACAAGACACAGCUGAAAUACGUAGCAGCUGUCAUCAACGAGACAAUGAGAUGGCAUCCUGUGUUACCGCUGGGCAUCGCUCGCCGUACGGACCAUGACGAUGUGUACAUGGGAUACUUCAUACCAAAGAAUACUGUUGUUUUUCCUAAUGCAUGGUCAGCACAAAGACUUUUCCCCAUAUCUAUCCGCGAACAAUUCAUCCCGGAACGUUUUAUCGACCCUUCCGAAGCAACGGACGAUCCUUCCACUUAUUUGUUUGGAUUUGGAAGAAGAGUCUGUCCGGGUAAAUCUCUGGCGGAGAACUCGGUAUUCAUUGCAAUCGCGACUAUCCUAUCUGCCCUAGAUAUCUCAGAAGACCCGGACAGUAGAAUAACCCCAGCAUUUACGGAAGCUUUAGUAAGGUAUGAUUCUCCCCGGGAGCUCUACAAAUGA